CAUGACAACGUGUCGCUUUCAUCUGAGGUUAGUGGCCAGCUAUAUACUGAUGUCGUUGACGAUUGCUUUUCUUGUGAAAAUAAAGAUUUUACUUUUGAUAUUGAUACUAAGUUAAAGGAACCAGUUGUCCCAAAAACACCCGAUGAUUUUUUAAAAAAGUUGCUAGAGGUUCAGCGCCUAGGCACCUCCUCCUGGUCCGAUGUGAGAUAUGCUGAAACACAAAAGUUGUAUAAUCAUACUCCAGGCUAUACUGAUUUAGAAACUAAUGAGGAAGUCAAAAUGUAUGACACUUCUCGUAACUUAGCGUAUGCUGACAAAUCAUACGCGGCUAUAACUUUUUGCAUUUUAAAGCAAAGAGAAUCCCUUCAAGAGGGAUUUCGUGACCUUCUUUCUUGGGCCAAAAAUACGAAAGAAUUAAAUGUUGAAAAUUUAAAUCUACAGUUAGAGCAAAUAUUUCAAAAAGGUCCUUUCCAUAAAAUAUCUUCCGAUUUAUUACAAUUAGUUUGUGGCCAUAGAGCUGAAUCUAUUGAAAUGCGGCGGGAGAGUAUUAUAAGCCAAGUCCGUGAUCCUCUGAUAAAAGCUUCUCUGAAUAGAAUUCCUCCAUCUGCUACAUUCAUAUUUGAUGCUGAGCCUUUUACAUCUACAUUAGGAAAAGUUGGUGGAAUGCGAAAAGCAUUCUGGCCUUUAAAACGUGAUAAAAUUUCACAAUAUAAAAAUCAACCUAAUCUAUCUAACCGCCAUCCCUCGCGGGGACAAGGCAUAAAGAGACAAGCGGUUCCAUCGCGUGGAAACCAAUAUUACUCUUACGAACCAAGUUUGCAUGCACAUGCAUGUAAUAAUCCACCCUCGCGGGGUGGAUAUCAGUGUCAACAUACUGUCUACCCUCCUGUACGAUAUACUUCUAAUGUUCAAUACACUAACACAGGCAAGGGUACAUUUCACGACCGUGGCUCGCAGCACAACCGUGGAAAUAACCGAGAACGUACAAAUACGUCCAGAAAUUCCCAUAAAGGAAAUCAAAAAAUACAGAAACAAUGA